AAGAGCCAUGUUGAAAUGACCAUAUUGCCCUUUUACCAACUCAACUUCUCCAGAUGCCAUCCCUCUUCUUUUCCUCUUCGGCACAGAGCAAACCCAGACUCUCUCUCUCUUCAAUCUUCUUCAGGUUCGGCCGAAGCUCAUACGAAUGCAUACGCUCACAGAAAAUUGUGUCCACAAUCUGUCAAGCACCCCGCCCCAGCACCCACACGAUCAAGGCACCAAAUAGUUGUGGGGUAUGGCGGUGAGGUAGCCGCAUUUGGAUCCACAAAUCCAAACCAGCCGAUUCAGCCGCUGAGUAUAAUGUAUUCAGCACCUGCUAAGCCAAAUUCUUUCAACCCUGUCGGAGGGAACCCAUUUGGAUUAAUUGAAAGGCUUAAGUAACUGUGAUGAUGUGCUCCCAAUUUAUGUUGGAGAUGAUCGGACUGACGAAUAUGCAUUUAAGCUAAAGCUGGACUAACCCCAAAAACCAUCAUCAGUUUUUGGGUCUGAUAAUUACAUAGGCUAUUCUUUUUUAAACUUCUAACAAACCAGUAUAUGAUUGCCUACCAGGUUCUGAGAGAGGGAAAUCGUGGUUAUGGAAUCUUGGUGUCAUCUAUCCCCAAGGAAAGCAAUGCAUUUUACUCGCUCAGGGACACAUCAUAGGUACUAAUUAUUUUUCAUGACUGAAAGAUGGUUCAAUGUGGGAUUUGGGAAUGGAACUCAUGAAGUUCCAAAUCUGGGGAAACUGGUGUGGCUUCUUUUGUUUUUAUAUAAUGGUUUUCCCCGCAAGAAAAGGAAAAGAAAAAAGCAUCAAGUGUUUGUAUCGUCAUCUCGGAUGAAAGCCAUUUUAACAGUGUGUUGCAAUGGGACUAGUAAGUUCAUAUUUCACACAGGGCAGCAUUCCUUUGUUGUUGUAGAUUAUCCAAGCCAAAUGUGAUUAUCAAUAUUUUUUCCUGGGUUAAGGUUUAAUUCUCCUCAUUGACUGUGUAGAAUUAGUGUGUUAUGGUGGAAGAAAAUAGUUUGGGUGAGAGAGGUAAUCGUGAAGCAGUAUAUAAUUGCAGGGUCAUCUCUUUAGUUAUCCAUCGUUUGAUCUGUACUGUGCCUUUUCUCUCCAGAGUUGUAUCCAUUUUUCCAUCUGUAAGUUUGUAUGAUUUUGAAAAUCCUCCGCCAUGUCAGG